UACACCGCCACCCUCAGCGAGCCGUGGGUACGCCACUGUUAUACACGUUUCGUCUUUGUGUUUUUAUUACUGAUAUAUGCUUGUGGGGAUGGUACAAUGGCAGGGAGGGUACAUGAGAGGCUUUUUGCAAGCAUUUCUUCUUCGACUAAUCAAGGAACAACCUUGGUUGGCACUAAUCCACAACUCUCAGUAACACCACCACCGCCAUAUGUGGGGUCGCCUCUCUUUUGGAUCGGAAUUGGCGUUGGGCUCUCAGCACUAUUUUCAUGUGUUGCUACGUACUUAAAGAAAUAUGCAAUGCAACGAGCUUUCAAGACGUUAAUGGGACAGAUGAAUUCUCAAAAUAACCAAUUCAACAAUACAGCUUUUCCUUCAGGGUCACCUUUUCCAUUUCCAAUGCCUUUGACACCAGUGCCUUCCACCUCAAUGGCUCCAGCUGCUUCUAGAUCUGCAGUUGCAGUAGAUGUGCCGGCGACAAAUGUAGAGACUACACCAGCAACUAUUGCCAUAGAUGAAACAGAAGUUAAAAAGGAAUCUAAGAAACCUGGUAAGAAGAAUCUAUUUCUGCUUCUUGAUUUUCACAACUUACUGCAUAUAGCUAUUAUAGGUCAAAUGCAACUUGUGCAUGCCCUUUGGAGAUGUUGCUUCUGUUGGACAUAUAGAUCAUGCUUUUUUUAUAUUCUUCCUAUUAGAAUUAUAAUGAAACUUGUCCUAACAGAUUUUGUAGAUGUUUCUCCGGAAGAAGCUGAGCAAAAGAGUCCUUAUGAAAGCCUUAAAGAUGUCACCGGAACAAGUUCAUCCAAGGACACUCAGACUGCUGGGGCGGUUUCCCAAAAUGGAGCUGCGUCUAAGCCUGUGGAUGGUUCCCAAUGGUCCAAAUCUACCAGUACCUCUGCUGGUUCUGAGGGCACCCCAUCUCCCGGAAAAUCUAUUUUGUCAGUGGAAGCUUUGGAGAAAAUGAUGGAAGAUCCAGCAGUGCAGAAGCUUGUUUAUCCUCAUUUACCUGAGGAGUUGAGGAAUCCUGACACCUUCAAUCAUAAGUGGAUGCUACAAAAUCCACAAUAUCGUCAACAACUUGAGGAGAUGAUAAAUAACAUGAUGAGUGAAAAUGGUGAGUGGGACGAGCAUCUGAUAGAUUCUUUCAAAAAUUUUGAUCUUAACAGUCCUGAGCUUAAGCAGCAGUUUGAUCAAAUUGGGCAUUCACCUGAAGAAGCUUUUGCAAAAAUCAUGGCCGAUCCUGAAAUUAGACUAGCCUUCCAAAACCCAAGAAUUCAAGCAGCGAUCAUGGAAUGUUCACAGAACCCACUUAGCAUUUCAAAAUAUCAAAAUGACAAGGAGGUCAUGGAUUUUUUCAAUAAAAUAUCAGAACUCUUCCCUGGAGUGUCUGGUCCUCCUUGACUUUGUUCGUUCAUCCAGAUUUUCUAUUUGCUGGUAUAAAUAGGCUCAUCAUUUCUUUUUCAUGCCUCUAUGGUGGGGUUAAGUUAGAACAAAAUCUAAAGCCUGCAUGACUGAACAUACUUUCUCUUCCUUGUGGCCUGGCCGCAUACCGAGAUGCUUCUUGCCGCAUCCUUGUUCUAAAUAGGUACCGGCCAGUCCUCAUAGACUGAGUUCACCCUUGAGAGUUCUCUCUCGCCUCAUCUCAUGGUUAAAUAUAUGUAAAUGGUUGACGAGUUUUGGUGAUGGCUUCUAUGUUGUUUUCUUAGUUGUGAUCGGUAGUUAAAUUAGUUACUCUCCCACUUUGUUGUAUUUAAAAUGAUCAAUUCUGCUCAUAGCUUCUUACCUCUUGAUGGUAUGCUUAUAAAUUUAUAAUAUACUUCCCCGGAUCUGUCUA